CUGCUCGUAUAUUCGCGACGAGGCACAGCAUUGACAUCCAAAAGGAAAGACUUUCUUGUCAUGUUCUACAAUACGGCAGGUCCUUGACACUGCUCGCCGUCACUACCGGUCACAAGUUUGUUCAGGCACACCAACCGGCUCGUGGUCAGAAGCAGUAUCACCGCACCACACACUCCUUUGCAACCGUGACACCCACCUCAUCCUUCCUUUCGUCACUGCUCGCAUCUCAACUGAAAGACAGCAAGGGCCACUUUUCGACAAUUCCAGCUGGCCUUCAGGGGCUCAGACGGUCCCACUGACACAGCAAAAGCACACCUUCACGCGCUGUUCCCUGUCGAAGCUGGUCAUGCAGCCCAAGAUGAGCACUACUGCUCACGUCGAGAGCGCUGCCUCGAUCAAUAGCAAGCCAACCGCUCGGAGUCGCAGGCCGACUCACAUGUCGCAUGCUCCCACGCCCUCGACGCUGCCUUCCUUAGCUACCAGCGUGCCGACGGACUUGUUGCUCGCUCUUCUGCUGGACAAGACGCUUCUCGCUUCAUCCGCCCUCUUGGCUCGGCAUUGGUUGCUCAAACAGCAUUCUGAGUCGACGCACGAACCGCUGGCCAUGCCGAGUGGCUCAAACUCGGAGGGAAGUCCAGUAGACGGAGAGUCCAUCUUUGCAAGCACACGACAAGCGGCUGCGUCCGUGCAGGGAGCAGGUGGACCUUGGGCAAUAGCUGCUAUCGUUUUCGUCAUAGCCGCGAUCGGACAAGCUUCGUGGUUCAGAGUGUGGCAAUGGGUUCCUGCGCUGAGAAGAAGCGAUCCACAUAUGCUCGUGCUGCCGAAAAGGCUGGGCAUACUGGCUGCAGUUCUCUUUGCUCAGCUCUUCGUCUGGCUGGUGGCCUUGCAGCGUCUUAGCGCAACUACCGUCAUCAUCUUCACUCAGUUCUGCGAAAUUUGGGCAGGAGACUUCGCCAGGUCUAUCAAAUCCAAGUCCUACGGAAGCUACGCCGUGCUCGGAGCUCUCGUUGUGUCGUUCUUGAUCAACAUACUCUCCGUCUCGCCGGAGACUCGGAUUAUGCACGCCGUACAAAGCAACAAGAGCUCCCUCUUUGGCGGCUUCGAAGAUGACUUUUCCGACUUGCCGCCAUCUUUGAGGCACACUCGGCCAGUGGGGUUGGCCAGUCCCAGUGCUCUGAGAGCAGCCAGCGCCCAGGCGGAAGCGGAUGCAAUGCAGUACAGUCCCACUGCAGUGCUCGUGGGACACGCAGCGCUAGCUGUCUAUGCUGCAAUGACUCUGGAAAAGGAAAGGGCGGCUCACUCGGCCAGCGCCGAAGCUGGGGGUCGAAGGAGGGCGAGCGUCCUGGCUUGCGUGCUUGCUGCUGCUGUGCUGCUCCCACUAGGCUUGUUCGGCAGGCUUAUUGGCCUUCCACUCCUCCCUACCCUCUCAUCGCUCUCGCCAUCAUUCCACACCUCGCCAACGUCGCUGCAUGGCUCGCCUGUCACAGGGCACUUUGCAGCUUAUGCACUACUCGCCCUUGGUCCACUAAUCUUGGAUCCGCUAGUCGGAGCCGCGCUGGAACCGCACUCCAACGCAGCCGCUCGGGUGGCUCAAGGCUGGCCGCUGGCAGUGGGAGCAGUCAUGGCAGUCGGUAGAGUUGGUUUUGGACUGUCCAUCGGAGUUGGGAAUGUCCUCGUGGCGUCAUGCGUCGGAUGGGGCAUGCGAUCGAUCCUUCGUACCUCGCCCGUGUAUGCGGAUGAAGACGCGUCUUCUGCGUCAAUGCCAAGCGCAGAUCGCUCCUCGCAUGGAAAGCACAAGCGCACGGGUUCUGAUGCGUUUGCAUUAUCAGAGCUAGGUGCAUCAGCACGAGCGUUCCUAGCUACCGCGCAGCACACUGUCUCCGUCAUUUACGCAGCUGAAGACUCGAGGAAGAUCUUCCAAUUCCUCUUGCUCAAUUUGGCCUUCAUGGGUGUCCAGCUUCUGUGGGGAGUCUGGACGAACAGUCUUGGUCUUAUAUCCGACGCCAUACACAUGUUCUUCGAUUGCGCUGCCAUCGGCAUGGGCCUGUUCGCUGCUGUCAUGGCAUCCUGGAAGACGGACGCUACCUUCACCUUCGGCUACUCUCGCGUAGAGACAUUGAGCGGCUUUGCCAAUGGCAUCUUUCUCAUCCUGAUCUCGGUGUUCAUCGUCUUCGAGGCGAUUCAGAGAAUCAUGCACCCACCAGAGAUGCACAACACUUUGCAACUCCUAAUCGUCUCUGGCAUGGGUCUUGGCGUCAACUUGUUUGGCAUGUUUGCAAUGGGCGGCCAUCAUCACCAUCAUCAUGGUCACUCCCAUGGGCACUCUCAUGGUCACCACGACCACAGCCAUUCGCACGAUGGCCACUCUCACUCUCAUGAUCAUUCGCACGACCAUGGCCAUGGACACGGACACUCUCAUCAUGAUCACGGCCAUGGACACGGACACUCCCACAACAUGAUGGGUGUCUACUUGCAUGUUAUGGCAGAUACGAUGGGCAGUGUCGGUGUUAUUAUCAGCACGCUACUUAUCGAGUGGUUCGGAUGGACUGGCUUCGAUCCGAUCGCAUCCCUUUUCAUUGCCUUUCUUAUUACGGCUUCUGUCAUUCCUUUGGUGGUCGAUGCCGGUCGCAUUCUCUGCCUCGAGCUUCCAGACGAACAAGAGCGUGACGUGGUCAAUGCCUUACAAGAGCUGCAACAUGUCGAGGGGCUGGAGUCCUUCUCACAGCCGCGCUUCUGGCCUAAAGAUGCCGAGAAGCUCGUUGGAUCCAUCCGUCUGCAACUCAGCACGGCCGCGCCGUCUGUUCAAGCAUUGACGGACGGCGACACCUCUCCCAAAAUGAACGGUGCCGGCGAAUCGCAUGCAGAAUGGCCGCCCGUCGUCUCACCAGAGGCUCUAGCAGCCCGGGUAGAAUCCGUCCUAAGGAAGCGCUUGCCUGCUCUGGACACUUUGGCCAUACAACUCGAGCGCGCCGCACCGCUCAGCGCGAGCACAAGCGGCGCAUCAAUGUCCCUUUCCAGGUCCACAAGCUCCGUCAGGUAGCUCGCAGGUGUACAGCGGCGAUCGCACUCACUGAUGCUUUCGAGUGCUCGUGUGCAAAUGCAAACUCUCAGCCUAGCCCUUCUGUUGACAGAGCAAUUGGUUGCAGUGUGUCGUUGACGCAUCACGUGGAAACACAUGUGCAGGUAAUAGGCCAAGCCAGCCGGUACAUGUGCAAGGAGCUACGUUCGUAUACAGCGUACAUGCUAGUCACGUGUAACGCAAGAGGACAGGAUGCGG